UAACUAAAACUUUAGCACCCAAACCUUUAUCAUCCGAAACUUUGGUUCCCGAAACUUUUUCUCCAGCUAUUCGUCCUCUUACAAAUGAAACCUUAUCUCCAGCUAUUCAUCCUCUUACUGGUUUUACAACUUAUCACCGCAAAAAUUCAUUUGGUCCUAUAGCUGUUGGAUCAAUCUCUCCUAUUAUUGACACAGAUGUUUAUCGAAGAAGUAGGCAAGCAACAACAAGUAUUACAAAGGGUAAAAGAUCUAAGAAAAAAGGUCAGAUUUGGGAUAAGAUUAUUGCUAAUAUACAAACUUUGAAAUUGCAAGCUUA